CCAGUAUGCCAACUGGGAGGGUGGUUCAAACGAAUUUUUACAACUCAAUCAGUAAAUACCAACUUGCCGAUUGGUUACGAAAGGGAGUUAAAGCACACAAGUAAAUGUAGGCUGGUGGCCAACUAACAUUAUGUAUGCAGAAGGUAUCCGUGUAUGCUCAUUCUGAUUUCAGCAAGUCGUGGACGUGACAUCGCUGAUCAAGGACAGUCACUUAAUCUCUGAAUUAUAUACUAUUGGUCUUCGUGAUCUAGGAUAGGGCUAUAGGCUUUUGCUUUCGGGAAGAUCCGCUGCCCGCUGGUAUGAGCUAAUAUGGAAACCAAGUCUUUCCUUUCUUUCGGCUUCCUCAAAGGCCAGUCGUCCAAAGCUAGUCCUGAUCGAAGGAUCCCUGGGGAGGAGGGCAACUUGCUCACAGCAUGCUCGUGCCUCCCAGCUGCCACGGACUCCUCUGGCCAGCUGUCCACAGCGUCUCUUAGCUUUCACCACAUCCACAGUGGAACGGGUCCUCGUGCCCUGCAUUCGCCUCACUCUCUCAGUCCGUGUACCGUGAACUCCUCAGGCCCCCUGGCCUCGUCCGUUACCAGCCUGGCCUUGUCCGUUACCAGCCUGGCCUCGUCCAAUACCAUCCUGGCAUCGUCUGUUACAAGUCUGGCAUCAUCCGUUGCCAGCCUGGCCCAACCUGUCGCCACCUGCCCAGCCGGGCUCACCUCGACCUCCACCAGUUUGGCCUUUAGCACCAGACACAGCCCUCAGCUGAACUCACCACUACGCUCCGCCGGCACAGUGGAAGACUUCAAAUCCCCACCAGGCCUCAGCAGAGUGCUCAAGGCUACUUCACAGCCUACAGGCACGUGUGUCUCCCUCAACAAGCACAUCUGUGCCAUCUGUGGAGACCGCGCCUCAGGCAAGCACUACGGAGUUCACAGCUGUGAAGGCUGCAAGGGCUUCUUCAAGAGGACGGUGAGGAAGGAGCUGAUGUACACUUGUCGCGACAACAAGGACUGUCUGAUCGACAAGCGCCAACGGAACCGCUGUCAGUACUGCCGCUACCAGAAGUGUCUGACCACGGGCAUGAACAGAGACGCUGUGCAGGAGGAGCGCCAGUGGGCCAAGGAGAGGAGCGAGAGCGAAGUGGACUCCCUGAGUUCUGCUAUCAAGGACAUGCCUGUGGAGAGGAUAGAGGAGGCAGAGCGCUCUGUGGAGCCAAACACAGACAGAUACAUUGACAGAAGUCUGGGCUUUCCCACCAACCGUCCACCUGAGCUCAACGACCCUGUGACCAGUAUAUGUCAGGCAGCAGACAAGCAGCUGUUCACCCUGGUGGGGUGGGCCAAGAGGAUCCCCCACUUCUCAGAGCUGGCCAUGGACGACCAGGUCGUCCUCCUGAGAGCAGGGUGGAAUGAACUCCUCAUCGCGUCCUUCUCACAUCACUCCAUCACUGUGAAUGAUGGCAUUCUGCUGGCCUCCGGAGUCCACCUGCAUCGUGACCGCGCCCACAGUGCCGGGGUGGGGCCCAUCUUUGACAGAGUGCUGAGUGAGCUGGUGUGUAAAAUGCGGGACAUGCAGAUGGACAGGUCUGAGUUAGGUUGCCUUCGGGCCAUCGUUCUUUUCAACCCAGACUCCAAAGGCCUGUCAAACCCAGGUGCAGUUGAGGCCCUCAGAGAGCAGGUGUAUGCUUCCUUGGAGGCCUACUGCAGACACAAAUAUCCUGACCAGCCCGGAAGAUUUGCCAAACUGUUACUUCGAUUGCCAGCCCUACGUUCCAUUGGCCUCAAGUGUCUGGAACACUUGUCCUUCUUCAGACUCAUAGGGGAAACACCCGUUGACACAUCCCUUGUGGAACUGUUAGAAGCUCCAAACCAAAUGAAGUGAUGACACUGCAUUUUAAGACUGUUUGUCCACUCAUUUCCACGAAGGGAAGAGACCAGUGACUUGCCUGACUGACAAGGUCUGUACAGUUGAACGCAAUCAUCGGUGGGCUAGAAAUACAUGGAUGUGUUCAGUGCAGUGGCUUUGGAACCCAGAGUACACAGAGUUCUCCGCAUAACCCUCUAAUCAGGAACUCACCUGGGACAUCGGCUGAAUUCAAUUCAACAUCAGGCAGAAAUGAUUGCAGGUCCCCAGUCUUGGUGUUGAGACUUAAUGAUCGAGUUGAUGUAUUCAUAGUAGUUUUGUAUCUUUGAGAAUUGUCCCGAAGGUAUAUCGGUAAGAGUGUGCAACUACUCAAAAAAGCGGAAUAGCUUUUUCACAGAAGACUAAUGAUGUCUUCACUUCCCAUUCAGUGCAAAUGAGGUAAGACACUUGCCUUGUGGUAACUGUUUUCUACUUCAUACCACCAGAAACCUCAUCGUCAUUCUGCCUUGUCUACCUCUUAUCAUUCUUGUGUUUACUUUUAGUGUGCUGUGAGACAAACAACACAGUCAGGUCAAAAUGACUAACCUGUGAUGAUAUCCUGGUGUACAUGUAACCCACCUUAGUGUGUGUCACUUCUGGUCCUCUUCUCUGCAACUGUUUCGAAAACUUUGUGUUAUUUGGUACACAGCAGGGUGAUGUGUUUUUUUUUUAUAUUUGACAGGGAAAUGUAUUCAGGUAACUGUCCAACUUUGAUAUUGGUAAAGAAUUGAAUGGCAUGAGUAAUAAGCCCAGUGCGACAAGUAUUUAAGUGUUGAGGGAUUUUGACAUUAAAUACUUCUAAGACGAUCAAUGAAAUGUGAGUCUUCACUGGGUAUUAUUUUCUAUUUAAAAUGUGGUUCACAUUUUGUUCAGUAUAUGGCUGAUGACUGUAUUGCUAUUUUUAUUUGAUUAUUUUAUACCGCUGUAUUUUGUACUGGUAUUUCCUUAAAGAUGCACUGGUGUACAUUUUCAGAUUUGUUUUUAUAACAUGUUAUAACAGUGC